CGCACGCUCACUGGCUGGCUGAAGGAGCGGGCGGCGGCCUUAGCCAAUCAGCGGCCGCCUUGCGAUGAUGUCACCGGGCGAGGAAGACCCGACGCCGUUCGGAGAUAAGUCCGAGUGCCGCCGCGGCCGCCCCAGACAGCGCGUGGACGCGGGCGAGGCGAGAGGCGCGCUGUCCGGCUUCACCCCGCUCCGUCCGUGGUUCAGCGCCUGCCCCAGUGUCGUGUCGCCGUUCAGUCCCGUCUGUUGGAUGAGCCCCGGCGUGCUGGCGGCGGCGGGCGCGCAUUGUGCAGGCAUGGGCGUCAGCCAGGUGGAGCGACUCGGCGCCGGGCCGGCCGUCAACAACGCGCUGCUGCGCGACAUUCUGGCGCGCGGCGGCGUGAACGGCGCGCCCGAGCUGGAGCCGCGCCGCUUCUCGGCGGCCGAGCCGUCGGCCGAGGUGCAGGCCGACAGCAGUCAGCAGCCGCCGGGCGACGAGGACGAGGACGAGGACGAGAUGGACUCGGCGCCUGCCUCGCCGGCCGAGUCCGAGAAGAAGUCGCGCCUCGAGAGUAUUGUGUCCGGCAUGCGACACGGCUCCGGCUCGCCGCAGCCCAUCAACGGCUGCAAGAAGCGCAAGCUGUACCAGCCGGUGCAGCACGAGGCGUCGGCGCGAGCCAGCGGCGAGGAGAGCGACGCCGACGUCACCGCCGACGAGGAGCCGUCCGGCGACAAGCAGCGUCGCGUCGAGCCCGACGAUGUCAUCCAGAGCCAGCUCAAGUCGGUGCAGAGCCAGCUGGAGCUGAUGCAGGAGCGCUACGCGCAGCUGUACCGCGGCGGCGGCGGCGGCGGCGGUGAGCAGCCGGAGCGCUGCCAGGACGGCGGCGAGCUCGACCUGUCGCGCCGCGCGCCGCAGCCGUCGCCCGAGAAGCCGCGCGACGACGCGGCCACGCGGCCCGUGCCGGCGCUGCACAAGAUCGAGGCCGAGCCGCCGACGGCCGGCACGUUCAUCGACUACGCACGCCGCGUGUUGGGCGCCGACCCGCGCAACAAGGAGAACGAGCGCCGCCCGGAACCGACCGGCGGUCGGCCUGCGCGCGCCGGCCCCGACGUCGAGGGCCUGGCCGACGCGCUCAAGUCGGAGCUGACGCAGUCGAUGGCCGGCUUGAUCGACUCGAUCGUCAGCAAGUGGGCGCAGCAGCGGCGCAAGGAGGCCGAGCCGCCGUCGGAGCGACGCUCGCCGCGCGCCGAGAUCCUGCGCCGCAUCAGCCAGCACAACGGUCGCUUUCCGGGCCUGGGCACGCCGUUUGCCGGCGCCGACGGCCUCUCGCCGUUCGGUCUGCCCGGCCUGGGCGGCAUGCGGCCGCCGGGCGCGCUGCCGCAGCUCUUCCCGGCGUCGCGGGCGGCCGGCUUCGGCGGAGGCCUCGGCAGCCCAGUCUACAGCUCGCCGUACAGCCUGCAGGCGCUGCGCGACUCCAUGCAGCAGCAGGAGCAGGACGAGGGCCCGCUCAGCCUGGUUAUGACGCCCAAGAAGAAGCGGCACAAGGUGACCGACACGCGCGCGCUGCCGCGGCCCGCCGGCCGCAUGCCGGGUGACGACGGCCGGCCGCCGGCGGCCGACUCGCCGUCGCCGCGUCCCUUUGGCGGCCCGCCGCCGCCGCCGCCGCCGCACAUGCUGCCCGCCUCGCUGCCCACCUCGGUGGCCAUCCCCAACCCGAGCCUGCAGGAGUCGCACUUCUUUGGCGGCUACCCGUACUACCAGCGGCCGGCGAGCAGCCCGGGCCGACGCGACUCGGCCAGCCCGCCGCAGCCGGCCGGGCCUGGCCUGCUGCACCCGGCGCUGCUGGCCGCCGGCCGCCGCUCGCCGCCCGACAGCAUCGGCUGCUACCGGCGCGACACGCCCGACCGCUCCGACUGCAACUCGCUGGAGAGCGGCUACGACGGCCAGCGCUCUAACCUCUCCUUCUCCAGUCGCAUCGACGCUCGGUCGGGCCUGUCCCUGACCUCGGAGCACUCUUCGACGCUGACGCCGAUGCACCUGCGGAAGGCCAAGCUGAUGUUCUUCUGGUCUCGCUACCCGAGCUCCUCCAUUCUCAAGUCGUUCUUCCCUGACAUCAACUUCAACAAGAACAACACUGCCCAGCUAGUCAAGUGGUUCAGUAACUUCCGGGAGUUCUUCUACAUCCAGAUGGAGAAAUACGCUCGCCAGGCGGUCAGCGAGGGCGUCAAGACGGCCGAGGAGCUCACCGUCACGCCCGACUGCGAGCUGCUGCGCGUGCUCAAUCUGCAUUACAACCGAAACAACCAUAUCGAGAUCCCCACCAACUUUCCGUACGUGGCCGAGGCGGCGCUGCGCGAGUUCUUCCGCGCCCUACAGGCCGGCAAAGACGCCGAGCCCAGCUGGAAGAAGGCCAUCUACAAGGUGAUCGCGCGUCUCGACGAGAACGUGCCCGAGUACUUCCGCCUGCCCAGCUUCCUGGAGCAGCUGGAGUGAGAGCGCGUGCGGGCGUCGGGCGGCCGCCGCCGCCGCUGGGCCGUGAAUCCGUGGCCAUAGGCACGUGUACAGAGCACGCAGCAGCUGCACUGACCCAGCACGCCGUCACCAGCGAUGAGUUAACUAGUCACCCCCCCCCCCCCCCCCGUACACAUGUAGCGCCGACGCCGGUCCACAUAUCAGCGCAGGCCGGAGGCGCGCCCCGCGCGGCCGACGCCAGCCUUUCUAGUCACAACCUCGUCUCGCUGCCCGCGCCGACGCGUCCCCUGUACAUAGACCGUGUUUGUUACCGCGCGCCGCCGCGUUGUUGCGCUGUUGUUGAGUCGGUGGGGCCGGCCGCCCGGCCGGCGGCACCCGACGCUCCAUAUCAUACAUUCCACUGUGUGCUGUACCCGUACCGGAGUAGGUGGCGCCACCGGCGGCCGGGUCGCCGCCAUCGGCGGUCCCCGGCCGCAGGCGAGCGUUAGAGACGUGAAAAAUAUACACUGCAACCGAC